AUUAGAAGUUGAUGGAAUACCGAAUAACAAUUCAAAGUAUGUACUGGUGCAGAAGGGAAACCACCUGAGAAAAAGUGCAUGAGAAAAUAUACAGAAGCCAAUCCUUGCAAUUUAGAAGUGACAAAAUCUGGGGAAGAGAGGAGGAAAAAGAUGUUCAAGAGCGGUUACCUUGCAUCCAGAUAUGACAAAAGUAGGAGCUGGAGUGGAAAAAAUUCAAAACUGCUUAUGUAAACAUAUUAACAAGCAGCCAAAGGCAGUAACUGAUUUCAUGUGAGCAAAGAGCCUUUAUGACCCAGAUCAAACCAAAUAGGAAGAAAACAAAAGAAGCUAAUAUUGUAUUGCAACUUCAAUAUCCUUGUGGAUUCAACAGAGUGUUACAUCAAUAGACAAUUAUAAAUAUGUUUUCUCAAAUAUUCUUGAUUUGAGAGGAAAUGGUACAACAUAUAAGCUUAAGCUAUCACAAUCCAUAUUAAGUAGGAUCUUCAUUGUCCUAACCUCAAACAGAAAAUGAGAAGUCUUAUUUGAGCUUACCUCCUCGUGGUUUGCUUUGUGGUAAAUCUGAGAAACCUUUCAACAAUCACCAAAUCUGACAGAGGGUUAUUGGAAGUUUUUCUAAAGACAGCUGAAUAUCCAACCUGAAAGUACAUUGUCAAGUGCCACCUCCAUGAACCACCCUUCUGUCCAACAAAAUUGCUGACACUGGUAGAGAACCACCAAUAGCUAUAUUCACAGAGGAAAAAAAACACAAUCAAGUAAUCAGGCCAAAGUACAUCUCUCACUUCAUUCUCACCUUGCCAGUGUCUGAAUGUAAACCUAUUUAUCCUGGGGUAUCUUUAGCUCCUAUAAGCAUGGGAAAGCCACCAAAGUUUCAAACAAAAUUACCUAUCAGCUGGGCGAAAACUUCUUAGACAUGUCCUAGCUUUUAGUUGCCAAAAUGACUUAAGGUUUCAACAAGAUAGGAUAUGUGACGUGGGACAGCUUAGGGGGCAUGGUGGGCUUGGGGAUUUAGUGGCUGUAUAGGGCAGAAAAAGAAGAACAAAACCAAAAAAAUGACAAAAAAAGAUAAAAAUCUUAAGAGUCACACCUAGGUUUCUUUAGGCAUCACACCUAAAGAGGAUAAAAAACCUUAAGCAUUACA